AUGAGGAAGAGACCCAGCACCCCGUUGAAGCCCAAAGGGGAAACCAAGGAACCGGCCGCAAAAGGGAAUAAAAAACAAGACCAGGCACCAACGAAGGAUAGUACUGGACGAGCCAAAACUCCGGUGCGGAAGAGCCGAAAGAAAGGGAAUCAGACCAAGGAGGAGGCGGAGACCGUGGAGACCGUCAAGAGUUCCGAGAAGGAGAAGGACAAGGAGAAGGGCGACAAGACCGAGAAGAUCGAACUGCCCAAGAAGAUUGUGGACAAGGAAACCAAAAAUGCGUUGAUCAAGAAGUCGAGACGAGCAAGUUCAUGAUUACACAUCAUUAUUUUUGUUGGUUUAUGAAAAUUUUUUGUCCUUUUAGAGUAUAAUUCAAGCCCUUUCCACGAAAAAGAGCACCACCCGGACCUACAUGGACAACGUGAAGGAAGACGACGCCAGCGACAUUGAGGUCGAUCCCAAGAACGAAAAGGAGAAGAAGAAAGAGGAUAAAACUGGGGGCAAGACCGAAAUUCAGUCCAUGUACUACAUUGGCGACCCCAGAAUCACCUUUGUCAAUGCAUUUGCCAAGGCGGGGGUCAAGAGAUUGAUGAAGGAAUUUGUUGGCGUAAGUGUAAGAAAUUGGAUUUACAACCAUAAACUUGGUUGUUAAACAAACUUGCCACCUUUAUUCUGGUCGUAUAUAAGUUGUUUUUUUAGCUCCGACGUUUCACUCCAAAGGGCGCGACCACCAAGAACUUUGAGAAGUACAUGAAUCGCAAUCGCUACGCAGACGUCCCUUGCCUCGAUUCCACCAGGAUUGUCCUCAAAGGCCGCCAGGACAAUGACGAUUACAUUCAUGCCAACAAGGUCAUGGUCCCGGGGAACAACUCCAUCCCUUACAUUUGUUGCCAAGGACCGAUGAGCGAGACUUGCGAAGACUUUUGGUACAUGGUGUUGCAAGAGAAGGCGGCUGUAAUCGUCAUGUUGUGCGACUUUGUGGAGGAUGAGACCGAGAAGUGCGCGAAUUAUUAUCCAUUGAACACUGGGGAGGUCGGCACGUAUGGGAUCCUCAGAGUGAAGAACGAAAAAUCGUCGCCGGCGGGCUUGGACACGGCGGUUAUAUCCCAACUGGAAGUGGAAGGGAUGUAAGCGAGUUUGGAAUACAUUCUAAUUGAUACUGGAUAGGAUUACAGAUUCUUUGGUUUGACUUUUUUUUGUCAUGCUCAGAGUAUCGCGUCAUCAAACACGUUGUUUUUUGGACCGAUAACUUUUAGCAAAUUCUGUUUUUCAGUGACGAUGCUCUCAGUGUAACUCAUCUCCGUUGGUCUGAUUGGCAGGAUCAUACGGCUCCAUUAGAGGCAGGCACGGUCAUAAAACUGCUGAAAAUGGCCAAGAAAUACUCGAAUGGACGGCCGGUCGUUGUUCAUUGCUCUGCAGGUACUGCCUACACUUUUUGCCGUGUAAUAAUAUUUGUUUUAGGUAUUGGCCGGACCGGGACUUUUGUUGCCCUCGAUUAUGUUUAUGAGAAGUUGAAGGUCUGCGCAGGGAAAAGCACCAUGGUCGAUGUAAGUCUAUGUAAAGCACAUUAGACCCAAUGUUUUCUCCAAUAAAAAAUAUUUUCACCUUCUAUUUGGAUGGCUUACUACAGUAUAAUCGGCCUAUUUUUGCAGGUGGUCAAAGAACUGCGGGGAUAUCGAAUGCACGCCGUCCAAUCCGCCCCUCAAUACGUCUUCCUCCACUUGGCUACGAUGAUGUGGAUGUUCACCGACAAUCCGCAUGUUGAAAAGACCCCGGCUCACAAUCAAUUCAUCCAAGAUUACUCCAAAUAUAUGAAGAAGUUGAGUCAGAAAAUCGCAAAAAAGAAGAAAACUUGA